UGCUGAGCUCUCCUGGGGCUGGGCAUGCAGCCAGCUCCCUGCCCAGCUCCCAGAGCCUGGCUGUGCCCUCAGCACUGACCCUCCAUGCCCAUGCCGUGCCCAGUGGCUCCAGCGCUUCCCAGAACUCCUCCACAGCCUCAGAGCAGCUCCCUGCAGCCACCAGAGCGGCCUCCAGCUCAUCUCAGCUGAUGACAAUGGGCACGCCUGGCUCCACAGGGACAAACCCCCCUGCAUGCCACCUCUGUAGCCUGCCCUUGCCCACCCAGCCUGUGCACGUGCUGCCCCUGCAGUUCCGGCUGCUGGGCAUUGCCUACGCCCCAGCCCUGGGCAGCAGGAAUUCCCUCAGCUACCGGCGGCUGGAGGGAGAUGUGACACUCAUGCUCAACCAGAUGCUGUCCAGCUACGAGAGCUUCCUGCAGGCGAAUGUCCUGGAGUUCAUGAACGGCUCCGUGGUGGUGAGAGGGGAGGCUCUGUUCCGGGGGGAUGCUCCUGCUCCCACCAACUCCCACCUGAUCCGCACUGUGGUCACAGAGGCGAGCAAGGGGAGGAGCAUGUUCAGCUGGCAGCUGGAGCCCCAGUCCAUCCAGUCUGCGGGCUUCAGCCUGGAGAACCUGGACCCAGAGAAGCUGUCCAUCUCCUUCACUGGCUCCCAGCUUGGGGUGGACAGGAUGGAUCUUCUGGAGAAGCUGGUCCAAGAGAUUACUGCAUCUGUCAGUGGCCUCUACAACGUGAGGAACUUCACCAUCACCCAGCUCAGGAACCUGGGUGCGAACACGGAGAUCACUGGAGACCUCUACCUAGACACAGUUGUCCAUGCUGACGUUGAGGAGGUUCUGGAAGCCCUGACUGCGCUCUCAGACCUCUCCAAGGACCUGAGCUCCAUCUCGGUGGAGGGGUCCAAGCUGGAUCUGCUCGUGUACCCUCUGUCCUUUGUCAUCACCAACAGACCCUUCAGCCAGAAGCUUCGGGAUCCUCUCUCUGAAGAGCACCACAAUCUUUCCAGGGAACUUGGUGAUGUGGUGGCCAGAGCCCUGAGGGAUUACCCAUCCUUCCUGACAGCCAUCAUCAAAGAGUUCCUGCCUGGCUCCUUGCUCUGCCAUGGGAACAUGAUCUUCCAGCACCCUGCUCCAACCAGCAUGCAAGUGCUGAAGACCCUCGUGCACUCGGUGGGGCCAAACCAGGCUCUGGCUGGCUCUGAUAUCCAUGUGGAUCCAUUCUCUCUUGCUGUGGGAGAGGACACCCUGGAUCCUCCCAGGCCCCAGCCAGGAUUCCCAGCCUAUGGAGUGGUCUUGGUGGUCAUCGGUGGUCUUUGCAUCGUGGCAGCACCCAUCGUGCUCAUGUGCCUGGGCACCAAGAGGCUGGGCUGGCAGGCUGGAGGAGCCCUUUGGGACAGGAGAGACCCUGAAGUGGGGGUGCAGACGUUGGAAAUGGAUAACCAGGGCUUCUGGACAGAGGACUCUGAGGAUGGUCACUUUGAGUGGCAAAGCAUUUCUGCCUUUGAGUGGCAAAGCACUUCUGCCUGAGGAGAGAAGCAGAAUCUGCAGCUGGGGGGAGCCUGGAGAGGGGCUGUGUGUGGGAAGGAGAUGCCGAGAAGCUCUCCCUGACCUUGUGACAGCAGCUGCCAGGUGCUCCCUGAGCAGAAUGCAGACUCAGGUGUGUUGAGGAAUCAUUUUGUGAAUUUUGUAUCUUAAAUAAACUGUUUGU